CCCCCAAAAAUGAAAGUCUAAGUCACCCCUCUACUUCACCAACUUCCUUCUACAUUAUCUCCACCUCCAACUUUAUAUAAAUAUAUACAUCACUUUAGCUCUUUCCCAAAUUAUCACACACAAACACAAACUCACACACAUACACAUACACAUUCAUAUCAUUCCUUUAGCCAUGGAUUGGUUCUCAUGGCUAUCUAAAACCGGCCUUGAGCCGUCUCUAGUCUACGAGUAUGGCCUUGCGUUUGCUCACAAUGAGCUUGAAGAAGAAGACAUGGUCUACUUCAACCAUGAGUUUCUCCAAAGCAUGGGGAUUUCCAUAGCCAAACAUAGGCUAGAAAUCCUCAAGCUUGCUAGAAAGGAGAGGGGUGCAAGUCCACGCCCCAUAUCAAGGCUUCUCGUCGCGAUCAAGAGGACAAAGAGGUGCUUAACUAAAUACAUUCGUACAUGGAUUCAUCAUCGCGAGGAGUCAGCUCUGGUGGUUGUACCAAGGCCUAGUUAUGGGACAAGAUGGAAGGGAGCUAUGAUGAAGAGGAACAAAAGAUUGAUGACGGCAAAACAAGGGAGGUUGUUGCUCACAAAUGGGAGUCCUAUGGUGGCUAAAUCAGGGCCAAUUUGUGUUGAUAGUUUUUCAAGUCCUAUGGUGCAUGAUCAUCUUCGUAAGGAUGAAAAGAUGGAUGAAAACGAUGAUGGGUACUGGUCAACUGGUAUUGAAGAGAUCAGGUGGGAUACCAUGUUUCAAGAUUUAAAACCCACAUAAUUUUUUUUUCCUUUUUGUUUUGUUUUUCUUAGUUGUAUUUUGUAUGUGAUCUAUUUGUUGUUUCCUCUAUUCAAGUUAAUUUAAUGGUGAGAGAUGGGUUUUUUUGGGAUCUUUUACCAGAGAGUUUUGAUUGUGUUUGAGAAGACUUCUUUUCAUUAGUAGUGGUGGGUGGGUCAUGUAGAUGGCAGAGUUUAGUACAAAGGUCUAUUUCAGUAAUGAGAUUGUCUGCCCUGCUUUUGCAUGUUUAAAGGCCUUUAUUCAAAGAUAGAAGAGAAAGCACUAGUAUCCAUUGUCUUUGUUAGCAGAA